AUGGCAGCCUCCAUGCGAUUGCCAGUAGUGGUUGUUUUGGGAUCAACCGGGACAGGGAAAUCGAAGCUGGCACUUGAGUUAGGGAAAAUUUUCAAAGGAGAAAUCAUUAGCGCCGAUUCUAUGCAGGUCUAUAAGGGGUUGGAUAUCAGCACAAACAAAGUGACUGCAGAGGAGUUAAGACAAUGUCCUCAUCACAUGAUUGAUUUCCUCAGCCCCCUGACCAGGAACUAUACAGUGACAGAUUACAGGGAUGCCACUCUGCCUAUUAUCGACCGCCUACUGAAGCAGGAAAAACUUCCAAUUAUAGUGGGAGGCACAAGCUACUAUAUUGAGUCUCUCUUGUGGAACUUCAUCAUUACCAAACAGGAUAUUGAGAAAGCACUCAAGGAGGGCCAAAGUCCAGCCAAAAAAACGAAGCUGUUCCAGACUGAACCACCGAUAGAAUUGACGAGUAAAGUCGAGUUGUCUUCCUUUUCUUUCGGGAAUGGACAGCAAGCGAAAGAGUCAUCUUCAUAUGUUCAAGGAAACAGAGUUCUAAUACCAGAAGAAAUACAAGAACCACAAAUAAACCGUGACAGUGAAAACUCUGAUUUGGACAGAAAGAAUAUUACUGUUAAAGACAAACUAAAAGAAUAUGGAGAUGGAACAUCGCUGGAUUGGGAAAAAUACAAUGGAGUGGAAUCUGAUGUACUGUUUGCACGUCUUCAGGAGGUGGACCCAGAGAUGGCCCUAAUGAUCCACCGAAAUAAUAGACGCAAGAUAAUCAGACGUGGCUUGGUGGAUGAGCUACAGGAUUUUCAUCAACAAUACAAUGCUGACCGAUUGAAAGAGAAAAGUGAGCCUGACUACACACAAGGUAUAUUCCAAAGUAUAGGCUUCAAGGAAUUUCAUGAAUACCUGGUUCUGUCAAAGGAGGAGCAGAAUACAGACAAGGGGAGGCAACUCUUCAAAGAAGGAGUAGAAAAUUUGAAGAAAAGAACUCGGGCCUAUGCUAAGUACCAAGUAAAGCAUAUUCGCAACAGAUACAUCAAACAUCAGGGAGGUGUAUACGCCUCUGAUGUUUCUCAGUGGGAGGAUAGAGUAAAGACACCAGCUGUUGAAAUCCUAACAGAUAUUUUACAGGGGAGAGAACCCCGUCAUGCCCCCAUCCAUUCUGAAGAGACUGAUAACUACCGAGUUCAUGAAGUGUGUGACAUUUGUAAUGAUGGACGUAUUUUCUACACAUCACAGGAGUGGAACCGUCACCUAAAAAGUAAAAGACACGAACGAAGGAAAUAUAAGCUGAAAAAGGAAAAAGCGAGUUUAUUAAAUAGCAAUAAAACAAAGAAAGAAGUGACUUCUGAACCUGGGGAUGAGGGAGAUGAUUCAGCUUUACCAAACAGUCUUAGUGGAGAGGUGAGAUUGAUGGGAGAUAACUCAUCACAGUCAGACAGUGGGAGUGGAGAGGUUGGAUCAAUGGGAGAUAACUCAUCCCAGCUAGUCAGUAGGAGUGGAGAAGUUAGAUCAAUGGGAGAUAACUCAUCUGUGCCACACUGUGGGAGUGGAGAGGUUGAAUCAAUGGGAGAUAACUCAUCCCAGCUAGUCGGUGGGAGUGAAGAGGUUGGAUCAAUGGGAGACAACUCAUCUGUUCCACACUGUGGGAGUGGAGAGGUUGGAUCAAUGGGAGAUAACUCAUCAAUGCCGGACUGAGUGAGUGGAAAGCUUUGAUCAGCAAAGAGAUAAUUCAUCAAUACCAGAGCCUACUUCUACAAAUAAUUGUAGAAUGGAAGACAACCUUUCUAUACCAGACUGUGUUAUUGUGUCACAUUAAAGAAAUGAUUAAAUGGGGAGAUAACUAUGUCAGACAAUUCUAAUGCUGAUUAGGAUUCUCUUAUAACAAGCCAUGACUGGGAGAUAACUGUGCUACAUAUAUGACAUAUGAAGAUCUUUUUCAUUUAAAAAUUCUCAUAUAUCAUGUUUAAAGAACA